AUGACCAAAAACGCGGCUGUACCGGCAAAUAGCCUGGUAUUCCUGGCCAAUGUUCUCAUUCCCGUUGCGAUUUUGGUCUUCUCUUUUGGAUUCUUUCCAUAUAAACCUCUAAUUCCUGGCCUGGCCACGUUCAAAGAGCCUGAUAAUGCGCCACCAAAGGUUUUCGACAAGGUUAUCUUCAUGGUGGUUGAUGCGUUGCGGAGCGAUUUCGUUUAUUCGAACAAUUCCGGGUUUCUAUUUACUCAAAGUCUUAUUCGGUCGGGUUCCGCAGUUCCUUUUACAGCAUAUGCAGGAUCCCCAACGGUUACAAUGCCCCGCCUAAAAGCUAUAACGACAGGAUCCGUGCCGUCUUUUCUUGACGUUAUCCUCAACAUUGCUGAGUCUGACACGUCGUCGACACUUGCGUAUCAAGAUACGUGGCUUGCUCAAAUCAGGGCAAAAGGAGGGCAACUGAUAAUGUACGGAGACGAUACUUGGCUAAAGCUGUUUCCUGGGAUGUUUGGUAGAUCAGACGGGACAACAAGCUUCUUUGUGUCGGACUUUACUGAAGUUGAUACUAAUGUGACUCGUCAUAUACCUGAUGAACUUGUUAGAGAUGAUUGGUCGGCUCUAAUAAUGCAUUACUUGGGCUUAGACCAUAUAGGACAUAAAUCUGGACCGCAAAGUUCAUACAUGAUACCAAAACAACAUGAAAUGGACUCGAUAGUCACGCAAGUGUACAGAUCUAUGGAGCAAGAGGAACAUCUGAAAUCAACCCUAUUUAUAUUGUGUGGUGAUCAUGGGAUGAAUGAUGCUGGGAAUCACGGUGGCUCUUCUGCAGGCGAAACCUCACCUGCGCUGCUCUUUAUUUCGCCGAAGCUCCAAGCUUUGAAUAUCAGUAGAGAAAGCCCUAUGGGUGUGGUUAAUGAUCUCCAGUAUUAUCGUCAUGUCGACCAAACUGAUAUUACUCCGACUCUUUCGGGCCUUCUUGGAUUGCCAAUUCCGUUAAACAGUCUUGGCGUAUUUAUUCCUGAGUUCCUUGGGAUGUGGCAUCUUGGCUCUCAGAGAGUACAGUUACUCAUUGAAAAUUCCAGACAGCUGCUAGGGACGCUGAAAGAAACAUUUCCGUCCUAUGGUUUUGAAGGCGGCACAAUGACGGCUACUUGUUCCUCGGAUCCGCAUGAUAGCCUGGAAAGAGCUUAUUGUGCAUGGGCAAAAGCACAGGCAUUAUUACGUCAACACACUGGACCUGGCGCAGGUGAUAUUCAGAUAGAGGUUGAAUCGGCUCUAUUGCACUUCCUUGGGACGUCCCAAGAAGUUAUGAGCGGUGCUGCAAGCAACUAUGACCUGGGAUACCUUUCUCUAGGUAUAUGUAUCGCCAGUUUCGCUGUCGUGUUCUCCCUACCCUCAGCGUAUAGGGUCCUAUCAAAAUACCGACACCCCGGCUUGUUUCUGGUGGCAAGUGUUCUACUUUAUGGCGCGAUGAUGUUUGCAAGUAGUUACGUGGAGGAAGAGCAACAGUUCUGGUAUUGGAUAUUUACUGGAUGGGUCUUCUACCUACAUGCCAGAUCCUUUCGAACUGAGCGAGUUACUCCUGACGUCGAAAACGACAAAGCAUCCCGAGUUAUGGCGAAUGUGUUUACCGCAGCGGGGUCUGUUGCUUUAGGAGUUUCUCAUAGACUCUUAAGACGCUGGAAUCAGACUGGCCAAAAAUUUGCCGCCGAGCCUGACAUCGCACGGGAAUACUUUCCAAGCCAUCAGAGUAGUCUCUGGGUAUUGGUGGGUAUAACAUAUACUGGUGUCUAUUCACAACUGAUGAACAAUUUCUCCCCAUCUUGGAUGUCACGUUUUUUCUGCCUUAGCGUGACCGCCACAAGCUUCAUGUUCAAGCUGGUUUUUGCGGAGUCGGAGUCGCCCGAGCUUCUCAAUGGAACCGUAUUUAGGGACAUCGCGAACCUACUCAGUGGAAUUUCGCUAGUUAUAUAUGCGCGGGCUACGAUGGUUGGGAUUGCUAUUCUUCUGUUAUUAACAGCAAGUAAUGGGAUCAAAGAAUUUUGCAUGGAUGUACUAAUGGAAACAGUAUCGUCAGGUAUAGUGGCCCACGAGGCUCUAACGCUUUUCCUCUUAACCCAGUCAAGGGUAACAAAUAUUCCGAUUUUUUCAAUUCUCAGGCUACAACUCAAAGUUUUGGCUUCGAUGGGCCUAACAUCGGUUGAGACCACCAUAACGACCUUACUUAUGCAGUAUCUCACCUUUUUCGCCUUUGGUGGAUCGAAUGCCAUCUCUUCUGUUGAUCUUUCCAACGCAUAUAAUGGCAUCGGCAAUUACAACAUCAUCUUCGUCGGUAUCCUGACAUACGUGGGCAAUUGGGCCGGCCCAAUAUGGUGGGUGUCGGCUACCAAGCUUCUUAGAGCAGGCCAAACUUGGGACGAAAUGCAAACUCAUAUAAGUCUUUUGACUUUCCACACGGCUACAACACUGGUAUCUGUUAUGGCCGCCUGUACAGCGUUAAGGACCCAUCUUUUUAUUUGGACUGUUUUUUCGCCGAAAUAUCUAUACACAAUGUCUUGGGCGAUUAUCCACCACCUAGCGGUGAGCCUAUUGAGUGAAGUUUCCCAACUGUUUUCCGCCAUUACAUAG